AUGGCUGUGGACAGCAAGACCCCCCCGGCCUCUCUGUCUCCGUCUGUUCAGGGGGCGGUGAGACACCUGGUGCGCGCGUUGCAACAGCACGAAGCGGCUGUGGAGGAGCUCGAGACGCAAAUCGCCCAACACGAGGCUGCCUCGUCUCUCCUGUCUCAUUACCUGUCCGCGUGCUUCCACUCCCCAUCUUGCGACGCCGCAUCAGGCGUCUCCCCGGCCUCUCCACACGCGAGCACGUCGCCAUCCUUGCCCUCCGUCUCUGCUGAAUCUUCCGUCGCUUCGUCGCCCUGUCCGCGCAUUUUCAUUCCCUUGACAACUGAGGCCAUUCUCCCCGGCUACCUCCUGCCUUCGGCCUCGCCUCCGCUUUUGCACUUGGGCGGGGAUUAUCUCUCCACCUUCCGUCUGGGCAGCGCCCCCUGCACGUCGUGUGCGUCGCCGGCGAAGCCCCUUGCUUCCGCCGGUGUUGCAGGCGCUCCGGCUGCAAGAGGCGAAACGGGCAAAACAGGAAAUCGAGAGGAGAGCGCGGAGUGCGGCGCGCUGGGGCUCCUUCACCGGCGGGAAGCGAUGCUGCGGGAGCAGGAGAAAGUGGUGAAAGACAAAGUGAGGAAGCUAAGAAUGCAGCUGCAGAUUGGGGAAGAAGAGCGGCUGCGACGCGGCGCGGGAGCCUCGACGCCCUCGGGUGUACAUACACCUGGAAAGACGGGCACAACAGGGGAGUCCGCCGAUGAAGAAAACCAGAAGGCCAGCGGGCGGAGAGGACAAGCACAUUUUACCAGAGAUGGGUUUGUGGAGAUCGUGGAGGAGUACACGAGCGAUGAAGACGAGGCCGAAGCGGAAAAGCAGAAGCGCGAAGAGCCAAGCGCAGGCGAGAGACAAGACGCCCAGAGACAGGUAGACUUGGAUUCGGGUUCGGAGGCGCGUCCGUCGCCCUCACCCCCAGUAGGCGAGCCAUGCCCGAAUGGCGCGACGGCCCCGUCACGAGGUGGCCGACGAGAGAGCGAGAACAAACACAAAAACGAGGGUACCGCUGUCGCUUGGCCGCCUCCCAACAAUCCUGAGACCCCUCCGCAUGCCGACACCAACAUAUCAGGAGAAAGAUCUACACCCGCCUCGCAGUCCACAAUCCCAGAAAACGUCGCGCGGUCUCCCUCUUCUUCCUCUGCGCCAGCUUCGCCUGGUUUCGGCGGCCAGAGAAGAGAGGGCGAGAAGUGCAGCUCUUGCUCGUGGUCGCCGGCAGUAUCGGAGCGAGUUGUCGAGCGGCAGGCGCGAGAAGAGCGAGGCGCAGAACAGGAUCAGGGCCGCAUGCAAUUUCGAGGCAAGGACGAAGGCAAAACGACUCUCAAGGAAGAAGGAAGCCUGCGAUCGAGCCUGAGAGAAACAGAGCACGUAAACGCAGAGGGCGCCGCACAACCGACCAAGAAGGUCUCGCUCUUCAAAGCCAUGAGACAGAACACACAAAAUUAG